AUGCAGAGGCAAUGUGAAGCUCAUGUCAUUGCGUCUCCGCUGUCAGCAGAAAUCCAAUCCUUCAAUUCUCUGAUUCCUUCCACACUCCCGCCUAGGCUGGUGGCGUAUGCAAGGCAAUCGCGAGCGUACUUUGUCGGCCGCUCUCAAGAUGCUGCAGACCGCAUCAUCGCAGAGUGUAAGGCACUGAACCUGGAGGGAGAAUACAUCUUUAUCCAGGCCGACAUCCGCUUGAUCCGCGUCGUCGACAACGUGUGCGAGCAAAUCAAGUCAAAGAAAGGAGAGCGCACUGAACAUGUUGGUUCUCAGCGCGGGAAAACCUGUGAGAAAAUUCACGCGCUGCCGGCAUUAAUCUAUUACUCCCGGGGUACGCGCGAGGGACUUUUGGACUCAACGGAUUUCCCCGCUUUCGGACUCCCGCUCAAAGAACUUCGUGGACAUCUCGCCUCACCGGUAACCCUUGGCCUUGAGGCCAUAGCCAGGAUGACCCCCGAUGUUAGUUUUAUCCACGGCCAUCUAGGUUUAGUGGACACUCCAAUUUUUAGGCAUAUGCACGGCCAGCCUGGAAAACAGUCUCCAUUCGAGGUUUCUGUGGUGCCUAUCGAAGAGAGUGGCGAGCGGCAUUUGUACCUGGCCACAAGCUCACGGUUCCCGGCAAGGCAAGGCAAUUCUGCCUCUGUGCCGCUUCCAGAUGGAACUGAUAUGUCUAUUAGUACCACGGGGACAAUCGGGGGCGGCGUCUACUCCGUAGGGUCAGAUUGUGAGACUGGAUCUCCUGAUGUGAAGAAGCUGUUGGCUGAACUACGCGAUAAGGGGAUGAUUGAGGAGGUGUGGAAUCACACUGAGGAAGAGUUCAAACGGAUAUGUGGAUCACACUUGAACGCUCUAUUCCUGAUAAAUCGUUAUUUCGGGACACUAAUCUUUUGCCACUCUGGAGCUGGAUGCAAGGCAGACUUCAAUCAAGCACUGACCAACACUACCAAGGUUAUUGUUCAUGUCAACGCAGACAAUGUGCACGUAACGCAAUCUAGAUUGCCCGAGGUAUGCUCCGAGAUUGCUAUUGAUGAGUUUAACACGAUUAUUCAGGGUAUCAGCUUCUUCUCUGAUCUCCAAACAUCGAGGGUACAAGGAAAUAUUGGAUGGCCAGAACAACGCCGUUUCGGAGUAAUCUGGCCCAUUAACUGUGAGGUGCUCGUUGGAGCCAUAGAUUUUGGCUCUAAAAUGUUUUUGCAUCUUGUUCUUCCACUUGUAUAUUUCCAAAAAGUCCUCCGUUUAGGCGGAUGGUUUUUUCGAAGUACGGAGUACCCGGAUACCGAAAACCUUACCGUACAUUUCAUGCACCCCUCCCCGCAAAAUAACAAGACUGACAGUGUGAACAUUGUAACCGACUCCGUGGGCUACUCAUUAUUCAUGUUCAAUCCGAACUCUUGUUCGUCAGGAGCAGCAGUCCCUCAACAUUACACUUGAAAUGGCCACAAAAAGGUUCGAAACACAGGCCCCCUCUGCUCGAGAAAUCCCUCCAUCUUACCGCUAGAUCAACCACCCAAAUCCGAGGUGGCUGUGCAGGGCUAGAUUCGCAGUGAUUGAUGUGUGUGGUGGUACCGUACGCUAGUCUAAAUUAGACUUAGGUGGGUCCCUGCCAAGGCGUAGGGCUGACCAAACCCUGGAGCCACGCUUUCGCUCGCCAAACCAGCCAAUCAGCAAAACCUUGUUUCAACCGCAGAUUCCGACAUCGAGGGCUGACGAUAAAGCUACAGCUAGGGCCAAUUCCUGAAAUAGCGCGCUGAUGCGUGAUGCGUGAUGCGAACAGACAUCUUGUGCGACUGGAUUUGUAGGGCUGAAGUGCCUUCCCUUUCAGGAGAAUUCUCUAUCGCAUACCUCAACAUAUCCUUGUAUCACAAAUACACCACCUGACUCCUUCCAGCGGAGGAAGAUCGAGUGCUACGCUAGCUGCUCCUCCUGUCGUAAUCUUGAAGUGGCAAACUGCAUGAGGGAGUACAUAGUGGUGAUCUCACUUGCAUGGAGGAGGAUCCAGACGUUACCAGUCUUCUUUACUAUUUCAUUUCUCUCCAAAGCUGUUUUGUGCCUUGUCCCCUGUCCCUGAUGCGGAGUGACUUCCUUGCGGAGCUAAUAUUAAUGAUGGGAAUCGAAUGACAAGCAGGAUAUACAGGGUUGCUCAAAUCAGCCCCCAGAAUAUUCCGAGCAUUUCACGAUAAUCUGCAUUGCUAGAGGGGAGGUGUAUGUUUGCCACCCCUUCAUUCUGUCAGGUUAACGUCUGUUAGUUAAAUGGAGAUCUUGAGGCUUCAGCGCACAGCUCCGCCGACGGCGGGGAUGCAUGGGUCCGUCGGUUUUCUCUACCGAGGUUAUUUUGUAUAAUUUUAUUCUGUUUCUAUAUGAAAAUAAUGAAAAAUGCAUUCCAGUUUCUCCGGCUUCUCUGCUUUGGCCGUGGGGUCUCUCUAAGUAUUUCUACUAGAUUGAGUGAACGGACGGAAACAAAAUCUGUCAGA